ACAGCUGUCCUCAGUGUAGGAGGACCUUCAGCCCCCGGCCGGUUCUGGAGAAAAACAUCAUGUUAGCAGAGUUGGUGGAGGAGCUGAAGAAGACUGAACUCAGAUCUACUCCAGCUGAUCUCAGCCACCCUGGACCUGAAGGUGUGUUCUGUGACGUCUGCUCUGAGAUGAAGAUGAAAGCCGUUAAAUCCUGUCUGGACUGUCUGGCGUCUUACUGUGAGGAACAUCUCCGACCUCACUCUGAUGUUCCAGCUCUACGGAAACACAAGCUGGUCGGACCGUCCGGGAAUCUACAUCAGAACGUCUGCUCUCUUCACGACGAGGUGAUGAAGAUCUUCUGUCGCACUGAUCAGAGGUGUAUCUGUUAUCUCUGUCUGAUGGAUGAACACAAAAACCACGAGACGGUCUCAGCAGCAGCUGAAUUCACAGAGAAGCAGAAGAAGCUCGAGGAGACUCGACAACAAGUCCAGCAGAGGAUCGAGUCCAGAGAGAAAGACAUGAAGGAGCUGCAGCAGGAGGUGGAGAACAUCAACACUUCUGCUGACAAAGCAGUGGAGGACAGCGAGGAGAUCUUCAACCAGAUGAUCAUUCUCAUCCAGAAAAGAAGCUCUGAGGUGAAGCAGAAGAUCAGAUCCCAGCAGGAGGCCGAAGUGAGUCGAGUCCUGGAUCUCCAGGAGGAGCUGGAGCAGGAGAUCAGUGAUCUGAAAAGCAAAGACAGAGAGAUGGAGACACUCUCAAACACAGAGGACCACAGCCAGUUCCUGCACAGAUACUCCUCACUGUCAGCUCUCAGUCAGUCCACACACUCGUCCGGCCUCCCGGUUUGUCCUCUGAGGUUCUUUGAGGAGGUGACAAAAGCUGCGGCAGACACCAAAGACAAACUACAGGAGCUCCUGAGGGACAAAGAGGAAAACAUCUCCAUGACAGAGGCUAAACCGGACGUGUUACCCCCAAAACCAGAACCAAUGAACCAAGUCCAAGAUUCAGCCUCGUCAUCAAUGCACGAGGAGACCAGAGAGAACUUCCUGCAAUAUACACGUAAAAUCACGCUGGACCUGAACACGGCACAUGAGCUGCUGGAAAUUUCGGAGGGGAACCGGACAGUAACAAUGAUGAGAGAAAGUGGGUACUAUCUUUAUCAUCCAGACCGAUUCGACAGACGAUGGCAGGUCCUGAGCAAACAGAGUCUGACCGGACGCUGUUACUGGGAGGUGGAGUGGAGUGGAGCAGGAGUUCAAAUCGCAGUGACCUACAAGAGCAUCUGCAGAGAUGGGGAUUAUGACGACAGUUCAUUUGGAUUAAACGAGAAGUCAUGGGCUUUACACUGUAGGAGAAACAGUUAUACAUUCUAUCACGACAGUAUAGAUACUCCUGUCUCAGGUCCUGACUCCUCCACUAUAGGGGUGUACCUGGACCACGGAGCAGGUGUUCUGGCCUUCUACAGCGUCUCUGAAACCAUGACUCUACUCCACAGAGUCCAGACAAGGUUCCGCAAACCGCUCCAUGUCGGAAUUUGGCUCUCGCGCUCAACUGGAACCACAGUAGAGAUUCUGAAACUUAAGGGACCUAAGAGACGUGGUGCGACAGCAUUUUAGAGCGUAGUCCUUUAGGAGAGUCCUCCACAAUAAUUCAUCCCAUCAAAAUGUAUCAAGAACUCAGAAGGUGGAACGACAAAUCAAAAAUUUAUGGAUUUUGUAGAAAUCCAAAAGGGCACAAACCUGCUUAUAACGUCGUCACUUACCAAACAUAUACAUACUAAAUCAAUUAUUAGUAACUUAAUCUUGUUGUUUUUCAUGUUUUUCACAAGAGAGGGACUAUUUUAUACACGUUGUCAUGGUAACCGCUACAGCUCACUCACAGACUUGGUGUAUGAAGACCAUUGACUGAAUACCAGGGCUGGAUCAAGUGAGUGUGAUGUCAUCCACUGAUGAUGGAUUAUUUCCGGCUCCAACAAAAUGAAGUCAAUUCAGCCCCCCCCCCCCCGGCUCAAUACCAAUGCCGCAAUGUUAGAGCCAGAUGGCGCCAUCAAGCAGUGACUGGUCCGAGUCAUCGUCUCUAUGGUAACCACUCUGGCCAAUCAGGAGUGAGCUUGCUGGAAGGCCGCACCUCUAGCACUUGAAACUGAGGUUUAUGAAAUUUUUUAAAUGUUGGAUGUGGGGGCGAGAAGGCUCCGCUUACUUUUAUUGAGGCAUCUGAUUGGCCAGUUUAUAACUUGAAGUAAAUAUUCAUGAAAAAAAUGAGGAUUAUCAAGAAUUCUUAGAAAUAGAAUGACUGACUAUUUCCUGUUUAUUUCACUUAAUCUUUGGAUUGCAAGGGGGGAGGGGUCAAUCAGUCCAGUUCUCAUAUACAGACAAUGUUCAGCAGAGGGAAGUGGUAUAUAUGCAAGAUGUCAAGUGAAGGAACUUCUUUUAUUUCAUCGUCAAGUUUUAAUGAACACUCUGCAACCAAUCAGAAUGGAGUAUUCACCUGGACCAUGGUGUCAUGUUGAAGAAAUGGAAACAUUUUCACCGGUGCUGUUUGCAUUUAAUAAUAAUCAGAAAAUGUUUAAUUUGGAAACAUUUUGGUUAUAAAUGAGAUAAAAACAAAAUAAUUCAUGCACAUAUAAAUGUAUAUAUCGAUGCUUUAUUGUGUCAUUACUAAUAGCAUCAUCAUGUUGAAUAUCUUAAAUAUGUUAAGACCAGUACAAAUGUAUAUCUUAUGAUCUAUUUGUUGUUACCAAUAAUAAAGAGAAUCAUAAAGUGAA